AGACGAAGUAAGGUAGGUAAAUCGUCUGAAUACUAAUUAUUCAAACAGAAGCUCGGCUCGUACUACCUGCCUCCUCCCGUCGACUAGGCGUUCUUCUCUCUACAGCCUACAAGUCGAUUGGAUGGUUUUGGAGGUUGUAGGCUAACACAAACUGUCAGGCAUCAUGCAUUUAAAAAAGAGAUGCAGAGCAAACAGUGGGGAUUGACUGAACUGCUCGAGGGUUUUUGCACCCAUUGACUGGGCAAUGAUAUAUACCUGGAAGGGCUCGACCCCGAGGUUUGGCAUCCUCAUUCAUUUCCCUCAACUCCCCUCUCUUGACAGCAACAACCGCACUCUACCCUCAGUGUACUUUCUCAAUGCUUGAGGUACCAGUCCCGAAUUACACCUACAACACCUUGAACAGACACACAUAUCAAACCACUUUACUUCCAACCCAAAAGGAACUUACCACCCAGCUACCCAUCAUGCCCAACCCCACAAACCCUUCCACUCCCGGGGGAAGGGAGAAUAUACGGGAGUUUGGUUCUUUAGUUACUUAGGGGUCUGGUGGUGACUGAAAGGGCAGUGACUAUGUUUUGGGGAGGCAGCUUGACAUAGAGAGGGAUGAGGGUGGCAAUUGUAGGAGUUAUGAUGGAGGCUUAUUGCUGGUGGGCAAGAUGUGCUCGACUCGGCCGCUGGUGAUAUUGGGAGUUUUUGGUUCUGAUUUUGGGUAAAUGGAGUUUUCCGGUUGUAUAUGGUUGGGUGUUGAGGAUUUUUUCGAAGCGAAAAGGUCCGGGAUGAAGGAUGUACAUUUGUAUACAUCCUCGACACCGCCACCGUCGUCUCCAUCGGGAACCCUAACGCCAACGAUAACACAUGCCCGUACUCCCCCUUCUCCGCCCUCUCUCCAAACACCUGAUUUGGCAACCCAUAAUGCGGGUGGAGAAAUAUUGGCAGGUCAUCUUCCUCCAACAUUUCAAAAACGUCCUCCAUGUCCGGAUCAUCGAGACCUUUUCCCAGCCCAUUGGUGCCGAUGAUGACACCUCGGCAGUGUUUGAAUUUCAUCUUCAUGGAGAGAACCAAUGGGAGUGCACACAAGGUGUUUUCGGGGUGGAGGGGGAGGACGCCGAAAAAGUAGAGCCGGCCGGGGUGUUGAUUGCACAUGACUUCGAACUCGACGUUGAUUCUGAGAGCGGGUUCCAAGAGGGAUGAGGGGUCGGGGGAGGUGGAGAGGAACUCGAGCCAGGGGUUGGCGAGGGAGAGGACCGAGAUGGAGAUGUUGUGCUUGUCCAUGAAGGCGAUCUUGGCGUCGAGGGAGGUGUAGGCUUCUGUCAGGGGGCGUCCUGGAGGGUGGGAUGGGGAAGGGUUGGAAAGGAGGGGGACCUCAGAGGGGAGGAGGACGAGGCGAGGUUCAGGGUGGCCAGGGAAGGACCGGAUGAGGGGAAUGGUGUUGCGGGAUUCGAGAAGCUUGAUGUAGGAGGCGGGGUACAUAUGGGUGUGGAUGUCGACGAUGUUGGGCUUGUUGGUCUGGGGAUCUGUUGUUUCGACUGCGGGGGCGGUUGGGUUGGAGGGUUCCCCCUGUGCGGGUUGCUGGGGCUUCUUCUUCUUGCUGGAAGGCAUUUUGGGUGGCUUGUUGGGGGUGAAGCUUGAGGGUGUGAAGGAGAUGUGGUUGAAAGAAAAAGCGAACGAGGGGUGCUUGCUGCAAGCCAAGACGGGAUAUGGGAGAGCUCCUGCUGUGUAA